AAAUUCCUACCCGAGCUCGGGGGCUCCUCUCUGCACCCCAAAAAAUCCUACCCGGGCUCUGCACCCCCAAAAAUCCCACUGGGGCUUGGAGGGCUCCUCUCUGAACCCCCCAAAAAAUCCUCCCCGGGCUCGGGGGCUCCUGUCCGCACCCCAAAACCCCCGGGGGAUGAUGAGGAGGUGGCGGGCACGGCCCCAGCGGGACACGGGACACUGAGAGCGGCCGGUGCCAGGUGUGUCUCCCCUCGCUGUGACAGCCACCAUGGGCUGCUGCUGCAGCUCGGACUACGACGAGGACUGGAUCGAGAACAUCGACAUUUGCGAGCACUGCAAUUACCCCGUGGAGCCCGAGGGGUACAGCAAGCGCCAGGGGCUGAUCCGCAACGGCUCCGAGGUUCGAGACCCGCUGGUGUCCUACGAGCCACCGACACCUCCGUGCUCCCCCAUGCAAGAUAAGCUGGUGGUGGCCCUGUACAACUACGAGCCCAAGCACGACGGGGACCUGGGGCUGCGCAAGGGGGAGAAGCUGCGAGUCCUGGAGGAGAACGGCGAGUGGUGGAAGGCGCAGUCGCUCACCACGGGCCAGGAGGGGCUGAUCCCGCACAACUUCGUGGCUUUGGUGAACAGCCUGGAGCCCGAGCCGUGGUUCUUCAGGAACAUCAGCCGCAAGGACGCCGAGCGGCAGCUGCUGGCCGCGGGGAACACGCACGGCUCCUUCCUCAUCCGCGAGAGCGAGACCUCCAAAGGCUCGUACUCGCUGUCCGUGCGGGACCUGGACGAGAGCCAGGGAGAGACGGUGAAGCACUACAAGAUCCGGAACCUGGACAGCGGCGGCUUCUACAUCUCCCCCCGAGCGCCCUUCGGCAGCCUCAGGGAGCUGGUGCAGCACUACACACGCAGCUCCGACGGGCUGUGCUGCCGCCUGGGCAAGCCGUGCCAGACGCAGAAGCCGCAGAAGCCGUGGUGGCAGGACGAGUGGGAGGUGCCGCGGGAGUCGCUGAAGCUGAUGGAGAAGCUGGGAGCGGGGCAGUUCGGAGAGGUCUGGAUGGGCUUCUACAACGGGCACACCAAGGUGGCAGUGAAGAGCCUGAAGGCGGGCAGCAUGUCCCCCAGCGCCUUCCUGGCCGAGGCCAACCUGAUGAAGAAGCUGCAGCACCCGCGGCUGGUGCGGCUCUACGCCGUGGUCACCAAGGAGCCCAUCUACAUCAUCACCGAGUUCAUGGAGAAGGGCAGCCUCGUGGACUUCCUCAAGACCUCGGAGGGAGUCAAGCUCAGCAUCAACAAACUGCUGGACAUGGCAGCACAGAUUGCCGAAGGCAUGGCCUUCAUCGAGGCCAAGAAUUACAUCCACAGGGACCUGAGGGCCGCCAACAUCCUCGUCUCGGACACUCUGUGCUGCAAAAUCGCCGAUUUCGGGCUGGCCCGGCUCAUCGAGGAUAACGAGUACACGGCUCGGGAGGGGGCGAAAUUCCCGAUUAAGUGGACGGCGCCCGAGGCCAUCAACUACGGCACGUUCACCAUCAAGUCGGACGUGUGGUCCUUCGGCAUCCUGCUCACCGAGCUCGUCACCUACGGCCGGAUCCCGUAUCCAGGAAUGACCAACCCCGAGGUGAUCCAGAACCUGGAGCGUGGCUACCGCAUGCCACAGCCGGACAACUGCCCUGCCGAGCUGUACGAGCUGAUGAGGCAGUGCUGGAGGGAGAGCCCCGAGGAGCGCCCCACCUUCGAGUUCAUGAAGAGCGUGCUCGAGGAUUUCUUCACCGCCACCGAGGGCCAGUACCAGCAGCAGCCCUGAGGGCCCCUCCGCCAGCCGGGUUUGGGUGCUGGAUGUGCCCAUGGACAUCACCCAGGCUGGACUCUGCCUGGAACUCGCAGAUUUUACCCCUUAGGAGGGCACGGACAAGCAAAGAGACCCUGAGGAGCCGGGGGAUGGCACAGGGAGCUUUAGAGGGUGCCCGCCCUGCGCUCCCCUCAGGAGGUGCCCAGGGCUCCCCUCACGCCGCUGUGCCCGUGCCACCUUCACCCCGCGGUGAUGGCAGCGCUGGCCACUGCACCCCUGAGCCGUGGGAUCCUCCUUCUCCCCGCUCUGUGUUUGCAGGACCCGUCCCGUCAUGAUUUUGGGGGGAAAUAAAGGCCUUUUCAGCGGCGGGGCCUCGCCAGGGCCAGGCUGCCAUGGCACCAGGUGGUGCCCGAGGGGGAUGGACCCCGCCGGGUGCCACCCACGGGGGAUGGACCCCGCUGGCACCGACCCACCCCGGGGAGCCCCCGGGACCCCCCGACCCCAGCCCAGCCCUGAG